GGCAAACACCAAGAGGAGAGUGGCCCAAGGCGAGAGAUCUACCUCCACCAGAUAUCCCCCUCACGUCAGCUCUCACGUCAUCCGUCCCAGACGACGAGCUAAACGGGCGUUAUUACCGUCAGGGCCUUGUGGGUCACAUAACAUUUUUUCAAAAGAAUUCUCGCCACCUGGAGGGACACCCUCAACAUGGCGGAGACGGUGGUAAUGUCCAAGGACAUAUCGAUGGGCGACAAGAUCCUAGUUACCGUCGAGUCUGCACUACCAGACAUUAUUGUCGUCAGCUUUGACCACGGGGUCAAGUCAUUCCAGGGAGCACUACUCGAUGCCACCAAGAGAGGACUACCCUGUGGAGUCCAACCACCAGAGCCCUUAGCAGGACCGGAUGGUGACAAGCUGGCAACAAUAGCAGCACGUUUCAGUUAUUUCCAAGACAAAAAGACUAAGAGCGUCAUAAAUAAAAUUGAUUUGCGAAGGAGUAUAAAUCCUCCAGCUAGGUACAAAAAUGCAAGGCCAACAGUUAGAUUACGUCCACGCCAAGUGCUGUGUAAUAAUUGCCGAUCAAUCUGCAAUGAGAAGAGUGAGAAUAUGGAUAUUGGUAAAAAACGUAAACUCAGUGAUAGAGUUAUCGAUACGGACAUUGUGUUGAGACGCAGUGAGCGACGUUGUGUUCAGCAGACUGAUAAAAAUAGAAGUAGCAAUGAUAUAUUGGAUAGUGUGCCAUCACUGAUACCGAAAAUUUCGAGACUGCAUAAGCCCGAUGAUAAGAGUGAGGGAAGUAUGAAUGUGGGAGCUUGCUGGUUACGAUCUAGACCUGGGGAGUGGAAUCCUGGGGGUGAGAGCCAGAUAAAUCGUUGUGGUACGUCUGAUGUUGAGCCAUCAGAGUCGACGAUGCCCGAGGGUGGUGCUAAUGUCGCUUUUCGGGCUACACCACGUCGUCUGAGCAGUUCAUCAGUGGAGAGUGCAAAAAUACCGGAGGACGAUGAUGAUGACGACGAGAGGGAUAAGGAGGGAACGCUGAUGGCUGCAGCAGACUCAACAGUCAAGUCUAAAAAUACGGGAAGGGUGUCGAGGAAGAAGAGAUCGGUUGGCUCCAUGGAGGAUCUGUGGGACGAAACGAUAUUCGAGGAUAAUGGGAGGAAUACGAGAGCUACGCCCAUCAUAAAAAUAUCGUUUGGCGCUCAGGGGGAGGGUACUGUACUCAAGAUACCUUCGAAGAUUAAGAAUUCGAUUGGCGAGUCCGAGGGGGAGAAUGAGGAGGCUCUGGGGGGGAAGUUUGAGGCGGCCAAGGUCGAUGAGGAUGGACUGCAGGAGCAGCUGGAUCCCCAGAAACAAAAUUCGGGUAAGGAUUCUGCCUGUGCCAAAGCGGCGAAACGGGCGCUUAAGAGGGCUAAGAAGGAGGCUAGGAGGAAGAUGCUUGGGGGUGGAAGUGGUGGAUCACCUGGUAGAUCACCACUGAGCACUUCGCCUAGGUACAAUCCGUCCUAUGAUCCGUUGGCUUAUCAUCGGCGUAAGCACAAGGUCAAGCAUAAAAAGAAACACAAGGAGGAGCGCAAGCAUAAGAGCCAACAGUUGAAUGAUGAUGCCAAAGAUUCAUCUUUACUUAAUGGAUUACCCAGUGGUGAAUCGUAUACAGCUAUUAAGGAGCAGUGUUUGAAGCAGAAAUUAUCGAUAUCGCUGAAGCGAUUGAAUACUAAUGCUUAUGCAAGGUGCGAUUAUCCGGUUAGUAAUGCGUCGUCUGGGUGCAAGAGUCCGGGGGCUAGCUCGGAGGAGUUGAGUGAAGUUGAGCAGGAACAUCAGUUGGGGCAUGAGGGGGAGGCUAAUGAGAAUACACCGGAUUUUCCACCACCCGCACAUCCACUCGCUUUGAGAUUAGCUGCUACACCGGUUGCACAUUGCUUGACGGCCAGUGGACGCAGGAUGGAUGUUGGGGAUGUUGUUUGGGGGAAGAUUCAUGGAUUUCCUUGGUGGCCGGGGAAGGUUCUGAGCAUAUCGAUGUCAUGCAAGGAAGAUGGUGCGUUACCAGAGGCUCAGGCCCACGUCGCCUGGUAUGGCUCAUCCACGUGUUCGUUGAUGUCUUGUGAUCGACUCAGUCCAUUCCUCGAGACCUUCAAGGCUCGCUACAAUAAAAAAAAGAGGGGCCCUUACAAAGAAGCCAUAAGGCAGGCGCAAACCGAGGCACGCAGUCAAAUAACACCAAACUCAACGAAUGACGUUUUGAAAGUGUGUGGAUCACCGCGUGAGGUCAAUGUACUAUCCUGAGAUAAAAAAAUAUGUAAUAUUCGUACAAUUCGUCACUGCCGUCGACUGCCUCGCAAGAGGUAAACUUGACACAAGGUCGAAUUUAUUAUUGUAAUAUAAUGUUUUUGUAUAUAAGUUAAUUGAAGUUGUGAUGGGCGCAUUAAUGUUCUCAAAGUAUUUGUUUUCAUUGGAAGCCGUAUCUGAGGCAUUUUUUGAUUACUUUGAAGUGUAAUUGGUUGAUUGCUAGAGGGAAAACGACCAUGAGUUUUGAAAAUUGUGGAAUUUUCUGUUUCCAUAGAUUAAGAAUUGGAAAUUCAUGCGGGGAUAAUGGUUUUUGAAUUAUUUUGAUUAGAUAUGAAAUAUCUUUCAUAAUAAAACCAAAUUUUCGGACUAUUUUUAGAUCGAAUGUGAAAACCGUCUUGUAAUGGUUAUUUUAUGCAUCUCUACAAGAGUGUCGUACUUGCCCCCACUGCAUAGCAAGGGGAUAUAGCUAUUAAUUUUGAAUAGAAUAGAAUCCCUACAAGAGUUUUGAGUAACCAGUAUCAAUAUCUGGAACGAAUUCUAUUGGAAUUCUGUUACGAUUCUAUUGAAAAAUAGAUUUUUAGUUAAAACAGUCAAUAUUGUAGAAAUUUAGUUUAUCAUGUGUAAAAAAAUUUAAUAUCAAUAUCCAACACGAAUUCAAUUGAAGUUCUAUUAUAAUUGUAUUGAAAAUUCUAUUUUUAAUUUUCUCAAAAAUUCUGGGGCAUGAAAUUUCCAAGUUUUUUGUCGAAAACAGUCUUGAAAAUUUAUACUUAUGAAUGUCUCUAGAAACAAACUUCAAGGGAUUUUCAAUUCAUAAUACCAAUGAUUGAUACAACAAAAUUCAAAUCUAUUGACUUUUUCCAAUGGAAAUCAACAAAAAACUAUAGAAUUUCAAUAGAAAUUCACUAGAAUUCCAGUUGAAUUUUUUCAUAAAUUAUGCUCUGACGUGGUUUCAUUACUGAUUCUUACUUUGUACAUCUAAAAAUAUGUAUGGAACACACGAAAAUCCUCAAUUGAAUGCUGUGAUCUCCAAAACUCAAGUCUUCCCUCAACGGCGAAUACAAUUUUUAAAAUUGUGCCGUGUUCCUGUUCUUCAGAAUGAAGUAAUAAUUUUAUUGUCUUUUGUUACUGUUAAUAUUGUUCAUUUGCUGGAUUGGUUUUGCAAUUCUAAAUCAAUGUUUCUCCUUUCAUUAGUGUUAAUUGUAUCAGAGACCCAUACGUCUCAUUUUUUUUCCAAAUGCUUUAUACUUAUACUGCCGAAAUGAUUAUUACUGAUGAAGCAAAGCGCCAAGAUAAUGCGCACAGUUUUAUUUUCGUUAUUUCAACCGCAAGAAAUAAUAGAAAAUGUCGUUUGUAAAUACUCAGCAGUAAGGGACAAUCGUACGAUCAGAUAGAAAGUUCAAAUCCAUUUUUUAACGAAUAAAUACUUCAUCCGAUGAUUUUUUCAUCUACAAAUCAAUGAUUUUGGUAUAAUGAAAUUAUUACCAAUCACUCGUGCGGUAUUUCACUUCGUAAUUGGAAUAAAUCCGACGUUAUUACGAAUAUUAAUGCAGAAUGAAGGAUAAGAAAAAAGUAAUUCAUGUUUUUUUAGUAUAACUGUGAUGAUUUUUUCAAAUAUUUUGUACUAUAAACUAAUUAUUCUGCGCAUAAACCAUGUUCUAAUGUCACUGUGUUUAUACGAAAAAAAAAAACAAGAAUCUACGACGUACGUAGAUUCGUUAUUAGGAUUAAACAUAUCGUGAAUUCGCGUAAUUCAUUGCGGAACUGUAAUUCAUAGUGCGAUAAAUAUUAUUUUUUAUUAUGCCUGUUAAUUGAAUUUUAAGUGAUAAGUUUGACAGAGAGAAAGAGAAAACAAAAAAUACAAACAGUACUAUUCAUUCCGCAA